AUGAAGAAGCUUCUUUUGAUCUUUCUCUCCUCUUUUCUCAUUCUCCAAACCGUUCGCGGAUUCGAUUACCAUGACAAUGAAUUAGAGAGCGAAGAGAGCUUAUCAAAGCUCUACGACAGAUGGAGGAGCCACCACUCUGUUCCUAGGAGCCUCCAUGAAAGGGAGAAGAGAUUCAACGUUUUCAGACACAAUGUGAUGCAUGUUCACAACACCAACAAGAAGAACAAACCCUACAAGCUUAAGCUCAACAAAUUUGCAGAUUUAACGGUUCAUGAGUUCAGGAAUGUCUACACCGGUUCUAACAUUAAGCAUCACAGAAUGUUGCAAGGACCGAGACGUGGCUCGAAACGGUUCAUGUAUGAGAAUUCAACCAGAGUUCCCUCCUCUGUUGACUGGAGAGAGAAAGGUGCUGUCACGGAAGUCAAGAAUCAAGGGCAGUGCGGUAAGUAUAAAACAAGGUCGAUUAUGUUAGACAUGAAAGGAGUGUUUACGGGACAUUGUGGAACAGAGCUGAACCACGGUGUGGCAGCGGUUGGGUACGGAAGUGACUCACAUGGGAGAAAGUAUUGGAUAGUGAGAAACUCAUGGGGACCUGAAUGGGGAGAAGGAGGCUAUAUAAAGCUCGAGAGAGGGAUUGAUGAUUCUGAAGGACGUUGCGGUAUUGCCAUGGAGGCAUCUUAUCCGGUUAAGCUCUCAUCUUCUAAUCCAAAUGCCAAGGAAGACGAUGAUCUCAAAGAUGAGCUCUAG